ACUGCUCUGUCGGUACAUAUCCACAGAUCUGCAGAAGGAAUUUCCCAUUCGCGAUUCUCAUCACACCUUGCAGAGAUCCUAAUUCCUUACAAAUGAGCUCUGCAGAUCAACGCCGCAAGAGAAAACGCAUUCUCCGACACUACUACUACUACAAUUCGGAUUCGCCAUUGUUGUCUCUUCGCCAUCUCUUCUCUGUGAGAUCUCUCCUUCUCUGCUUCAGCUUCCUCACCUUAGUUUAUAUCUUGCCCCACUCAAUCCCACUCGCUUCUUCUGCUUUCCACCCCGUUUUAGUAGUUUCGAGCUUAUCCCUGUUGUCGUCGUCGUCUUCCAGCUCCACUAGGGCCGAAUCAGUCGACGAAUUUGGGGGCAAUCUUUUGCAGCCCCCAAAAGUAGAAUCUAGGGUUUUGUUCCCCGACCAUGUCUUACUGUUAAUUGGUCGGGAGAAGAUUCAUGGUAACUACCCUGCUGAUGAAUUAGAGUGUGUUUAUCAUCGUCAUAACCGAAAUAUAACCGUUAGAGAUUUCAGCGAAGAUUUGUCGGUGAAAAACGUUCUGUCUUUCGACGAUUACGAUGAAUUUAGGGCUAUUGUGAGAUGCCCUCUUCCGCCUGUAAAUUAUUCCUCAGCUGACGUGAUUUUGAAGUGGAAAGAUCAAAAUCGGGUUUGGAUUGGUAAUAAUCAGACAGGAGUCGAUUCUUGUUCUUGGGAUAAUGUUGUCUAUGCUGCUGCGAUGGAUAAGAACACUGCUGUUGUGUUUGUAAAAGGAUUAAAUUUGAGGCCUGGUCGGGAGUCGAAUCCGAACUUGUUUACUUGCCAUUUCGGGUUCGGGAAUGGCAAGUAUGUGGUUCGGACAUCGGCAUUAACCGCCGCGCAGGAGGUUGUCCGAUGUCCGAUCCCGACGGACUUAAGAAGCAGCUCGGGAUUGAGUGUGACCGUUGGAGUUAGGCGCGGCCCCCGGGGGCGCACGCUAAUGCAGUCUGUGGCGAGAAUAUUCAAUUCGUUGUCUGAAAAGGAGAGGCGAAUUGAUAACGGGAAAUUCGAGCUUUGCGUAUGCACGAUGGCGUGGAAUCAAGCAUCCGCGAUCCGCGAAUGGAUAAUGUACCAUUCGUGGCUCGGGGUUGAGAGAUGGUUCGUUUAUGACAACAACAGCGAGGACGGGAUGGACGAGGUUGUCCGGGCGCUCGACCGCGAGAAUUACAACGUCACGCGGCACGUGUGGCCGUGGAUCAAGACGCAAGAAGGUGGAUUCUCGCAUUGUGCCAUAAGGGCGCGGGACGAGUGCGAAUGGGUCGCGUUCAUGGACGUCGACGAGUACUUUUACUUCCCGUACGCGACCCCGAAGCACCUGAGGUUCCGGAAAUCGAGCGUCGCGAAUAAGCACGCCCUCCGCGAUUUGUUAGCGAAUAUUUCGUCGUCGUCGUUGUCAUCGAGGCCUAUUGCGGAAAUCAGGACUACUUGCCAUAGCUUUGGGCCGUCAGGGCUGACCGUGCCGCCCCCUCAGGGGGUCACCGUUGGGUACACGUGUCGUCUACAAAGUCCCGAAAGGCAUAAGUCGAUCGUGAAACCGGAGGCUUUGGAUACAACGCUGCUAAAUGUUGUUCACCAUUUUUACCUCCGGAAGGGAUUCAAGUACAUAAACUUGCCGCAGAACACGGCGAUCAUUAACCAUUAUAAGUACCAAGUUUGGGAGGUUUUCCGAGCCAAGUUUUAUCGUCGCGUCGCGACGUACGUCGCGGAUUGGCAGCAGAAUCAGAAUGAAGGUUCUAGAGACCGAGUCCCCGGGCUAGGGACGGAGGCCAUCGAGCCACCUGAUUGGCCGCAGAAGUUCUGCGAGGUCUGGGACUCGGGCCUGCGGGACUUCGUUCUCGCCAUGCUCCCCGAUUCUUCCACAGGUUUGUUGCCGUGGGAGAUGACGACAACGAUAACAACAACAACAACGACGACGAUGAUGACAAAGAAGUACCGAUCCCGGGAAUAGAGAUUUCGAUACAUAUUCGUUUAUUGUUUUUACGACUAUUUGAUUUCUGUCUUUUUUGGCGAUUGCUCGUAGACGACAGGUUAGAAAGGCAAUAGGUUUCGAUAGAAGAUACAUAUACAUACAUAUAUAUAUAUAUAUGUAUUGUGAUUUGUGACCUUGAGAGCUAUAGACGUCCUCCCGUCCUCCUUGUAUAAUCGAACGUUUGCUUCACUGAUAUGGAUAUGGAAAAUAUGGAAUUCCAAA